UUGAUUUCUGUGGCCUAUUUCAAUCAAAUUUGUCAGCAGCAGAGGUAUUAGAGAUUGAAGUCUUUGGUUUUAUGGAAAUCAACAUCUGUCAAAUGCAGAAGAUCCCAUUUCUUGUGCAUGCUAAGGGCAAGGCACCUGGAAUCCAGCUUCUUGUGACAGACAGCCCAGGUGAACCAAGUCCAUCAGCAAACACAUGGCUGAAUACAGCCCUCUGUUACUAUGCCCUUUGUCCAGGGAAGCUUGUAGAGAAAAGGUGAAAAUAAGGUGAAGAAGAAGAGAAUAGUGAUGUGUUGAGUCAUUGGCCAUAGAUACAUAGAAAAUCACACAUCUUUAUUUCUGCUUUUCACAUAAUAGCUUGGCCUUCUAUUAGCCUCCACCCAGAUAUGUGAUUAUUAAAUCAUUUUAGCAAAGAUAACUUAAUGGUUGCACAGUUGGGCAUUCAGGAGUCAUGGUGAUCUAAUAGCUUGAUUUGGAAGUGUGAUGUUAUCCUUGCUUUUUCAUAUACAGUGCAUUGGGACAGUCUUACAUGAUUAUGUUACAUAGCGCUUUUGCAUCCUGCUGUGUUAUUUGUCACUCAUUAGUCGUGUGCAGUAAUCAGACAAAUAGGAAGGAAAAAACUUCCCAUGAGGAAAUAGUCAUUAUAAUAAGGAUUUAGAAUUUUUGGUUUUGACUCUCAACUAGUGCCAUAAUAAUAAUCCAGAGGCACAUUUUGAGGUGAAAUAGGUUUGACAACUGAAAAUACAUUUGUCAUUGAAUGGGAAAUAAGCUUAGAAGAUUCUCAUGUUGUGAGUGUGAUUUGAAGAUGCGUGUAUUAAUAAUAACGUAUUGGUUAUGUGAAACAGUAGGAGAACAUGGCUAACUUUGAAAGAUUUGGAUACUUAUUCCCUCAGAAACUUACUUAUUUCCUUAGAUUAUGGAUACAUGGGAGGAUUUUAAUGGAGUAGAUGCAAAAUCGUGGUGGAUCCUGGAGGAGUGCAACAGCUGCAAAGAGAUAAUCAGGAUGCUCUCUUCUCCGAAACCAUGCCAGAGAUGACAGAGAAUGAGACACCUACCAAGAAGCAACACCGAAAGAAAAACCGGGAAACACAUAAUGCAGUGGAGAGACAUCGAAAGAAGAAGAUUAAUGCUGGGAUAAACAGAAUCGGAGAACUCAUUCCCUGCUCUCCAGCACUUAAGCAGAGCAAGAACAUGAUCCUGGAUCAGGCCUUUAAGUAUAUAACAGAAAUGAAAAGACAGAAUGAUGAACUUCUGUUAAACGGAGGGAACAAUGAACAGGCUGAAGAGAUAAAGAAACUCCGAAAACAGCUGGAUGAACUGCAAAAGGAGAACGGGAGAUACAUCGAGCUACUGAAAGCAAAUGAUAUUUGCCUGUAUGAUGACCCUACAAUCCACUGGAAGGGGAAUCUCAAAAAUGCCAAGGUCUCGGUUGUUAUUCCCAGCGAUCAUGUUCAAAAGAACAUCAUUGUCUAUUCAAAUGGGAGUCAACCCAAUGGAAAUAACCAGGGAGCAUCUGUCCAGGGAAUAACAUUUAAUGUUGGUCAUAAUUUACAGAAGCAAACAGCCAAUGUUGUGCCAGUCCAGAGAACUUGCAACCUAGUGACUCCUGUGACGAUUUCUGGUAUUUACCCCACAGAAAACAAGCCAUGGCCACAAACUACAGUUUCUCCGGUGGCAUCUGCUCAGACAGCUCCAGCAGGGAAUGUUCUUGAGCUUUCCACCCCAGAGAAUGAGCAAGGCGUGCUUACCACUGCUACCGCUGGCUCGCAGAGCGCAUCUCGAUCUGGAACAGAACAGGAACUCCAGUGUUCUUCAGGUAAUGCACUACAGAAUGAUCAAAACCAUCCCAAAGGUAAAACUGAUGAGGAGGGCACUAAAUUAACUAAGAAAACAGUCCUCCAGGGAAUCAGCCUUCCUUCCAGUGCCUCCACGGAAGCCUCCAAAGUUCAACAAGUGAAUGCAGCUUGCUCAGAUGCACAGAAUUCUAGGAGUGACCUUCAGGAAAGCUGUGUCGUUUCAACCACAGACACAGCUGGUGUGCCAUCUGUGAGACUGUCUGCUGCAGAUAGUUCUUCCUCUGUAAAUGUCCUCAAAAGUACAGACUUAGUAAGUAGUGCUGGGAUGCCUGUGACUUCUGCAGCAGAAGGAGUUAAGGCUGCGACGGCAAUAAGCACUCUGCCUGCCGUUUCCCUGGAGAACUGCUGGUCUUUUUCAGGCUCUUCAGGUGUUGGCACUUCGGACUUGAAAAACAUGAGUAGCCUUACACGGAUGCCUUCAGCUGGAAACACACAGACCACAUGGACAACUUUGCAGCUAGCAGGAAAUACUGUUCAGCCACUAAGCCAAACACCAUCUGGUAUAAUGACUGCAGUAUUAAACGAGCCAGUUAAUGGUGCUGGUACUGUACCUUCUGCUCACAGCAGGCCUUUGACUGCGAGUAUCAGUUUGAAUACUUCUCUGCCUGGGGAUGGCCAGGCAGCUGAACAGAUUGUAGUUACCUUGCCCUCGUGCCCAUCUUUACCUAUGCAGCCAUUAAUCAGCCAGCCACAGGUUAAAACUCAGGCUGCAGGAAAUCUCCUUCCAUUAAAUUCAGCUAUGCAGGUGAUUCAGAUGGCUCAGCCAGUUGCAGCAGCGGUUACAGGAGCACCGGCUAACCAGAAUGUCAUCAUUCUCCAGCCUCCAAACCCCACUCCAUGCCCUCCGAUUGUGAGAGCGGAAGUUCCCAGCCAAACUGUUAGUCAGCAAAUUGUGAUUAUACAAGCUGCUAACCAGAAUCCUCUUCCCCUCCUCUCUGCUCAGCCCUCUGCUUCUGUGAGAGUUCCCAUGAAUGGGCCAACUGCAAUUGCAAACUCCAGCAGCUCCAUCCAAAAUGUGUCACUUCCACAGACUUUCGGAGGGAAACACCUUGUCCAUAUAUUGCCAAGACCAUCUUCUUUACCAUCUUCUAGCUCUACGCAAACGUUUUCAGUUACAAUGUCCAAUCAACAACAUCCUCAAACUAUCUCAUUAAACGGGCAGCUUUUUGCAUUGCAGCCUGUGAUGUCUUCAUCUGGAGCUUCCAAUCAAGCCCCUAUGCAAAUUAUUCAACCCACCACCAGCGAAGAUCCAAAUACCAAUGUUGCCCUCAAUACGUUUGGUGCUUUAGCUAACCUCAAUCAGAGCAUAUCACAAAUGGCUGGACAGAGCUGCUUACACUUGUCUCUCAACCAUCCUUCCAAUCCCACAACUGUCAGUAACCAGAUUGCCACAGUUAACUGCGUGUCAUUGCCAGCUUCUGUGGCAACUUCAGUACCUGCGGAGGUUUCGGUAUUAACUACUGUGUCCAGUUCAAUAAAUGCUUCCCCCAAAAAAGCGGCUGGUGGCUUGCCAGCCAAUGCAAAGUCCAGAAGGACAAACAAAAAGCCAAGUACGAAGAAACACCAAGCGGUUAUCAGUAAAGUGUCCUGCCCAGCAGUUCCUUGCAAAGACGCAGGGAAGGUGGACUGUACCGCUGUGGAAACGGUGGCAAAGCAUUCAAAUGGCGAGGGGCUGCUUGAAACCGCUCCAGCAGCAGCAGAAGCUUUAACGACAUCGCAGGCGAGUGGUACGGCAGCAUCGAGUGGUGCCAGUGCUCCUGACUCUCCUUCCAAAGACACUGCACACUCUGAGCAGGCAGCGAAAACCUGCCCUGCCCCUGAGCUGAGCUCUGCAGAGGCACCCACUUCCUCGCUGCUGGAGUCCGUGGUGUCAGAGCAGCUGCCCCAGGUCCCACCAGCUGCCAAAGAUGCUCUGCACCAGCAGGCCCAAGGAUCUCCGAACCAUCCAUCAACCAGCUCUGCCUCAUCGGAGUCUUCCAGACCCUGUGACCCCCCCAGCACCUUAACGUCCUCGCCUACUGAAGCACAGCCCCAGGUUGCUGGGCCGUCAGCAGCACAGAGCAGCACAGCAGGUCAUCCUUCCAAGGCAGGAACGGUUUCAGAGCCCUGCAGCGUUGCGCAGGAUUCCUCAGCUGUGAUGCAAGAUGCAGACUUGCUGGAAGGACAGGGUCUAACGAAAAUGCUGUCUGAUCUCACAAAAGAAAGAACAACUGUGGAAAAAAACUCUUCGUUUGCCAUUCAGGGGGAGCAUUCUGAUUUUCCCGUGAAAAACUCUAAAUCAGCAGAAGCAAAUGUGGAUUUGCCUGACAAGCAGGAACUCUUGCUAAUGAGCACGGAAGGUGAUGCUCUCUCCCAGCAUCACUCCUGCAUUUCUGAUCAGGAAGUGGUCAGUGCUUCCCUUAUCGCUAGCAGGCAGGCAGACUCCCCCAUGUCAACUAGCUCUGGCAGCAGUCGAGGCUUCUCAGUUGCAUCUAUGCUGCCAGAUACCACCAGAGAAGACAUCACUAGCAGCACUUCAACCAGUACAUGUAAUAGCUGCACAUUUUCAGAACAGACUGACAUUGUAGCUCUUGCAGCAAGAGCUAUUUUUGACCAGGAAAACCUUGAGAAAGGUGGCGGAGGAAUACAGGUUAACGUGAGGGAUGCCAUCUCAAAGUCAACUGAGGUUGCACCUUUGGAGAGAGAACAACAGCCUUUUAAACCUCAGCCAGUGAAAGAAAACAAUGCUGGGCCAUUGGAAGCAGCACCAAACAAAUUCAGUGCUAAAGAUACAGUCCAGACAAAUGCUGAUAGACAGGUUGAGAAUCCAAGCUGCUCUGUAGGAGGUGUGGAAGCAUCAAACACUUCUCUGCAGAUUUCCUCUUCCCAGGCACCAAGCCUAACCAGUUUAAGCGUGAAUAAUCUAAUACACCAGAGUCGCAUUGUCCAUCCCCUUGUGAGCUGCUCAAGUUUAUCCCAGUCUUCAGAGCCAGCAAUAGUCCCUUCAACUGUGAACCUCUCCCUUCCAUCUAGCACGUAUGUCAAUCAGUCUCCAGGACCCGCUAUGAUGAGUGAAUAUGCUCAGGAACAACUGAAUGCUAUUAGGGCAAGCACCAUGCAGGCUUCCCAGCUGCAGGAAUCACACUUAAAGCAGCAAAAUCAUGAAGGUCGCAAAGACUCUGCCAAGCGGGCUGUUCAAGACGACCUUCUGCUUUCAACAGCAAAGAGGCAAAAGCAGUGCCAGACAACACCCAUAAGGCUUGAAGGGAUGGCGUUGAUGAACCGAACACCAGAGAGUAUUGCUGAUCAGACACAGAUGCUGGUCAGUCAGGUUCCCCCUAAUUCAUCCAAUUCGGUGGUACCAGUGAGCAAUCAAGGGCAUACUGAUGGCCUUAAUAGGUUGUUCCCACCCAACAGCAACUUCGUGACAGCAGCUCUGAGGCAAACUGAAGUUCAGUGCAGUUCUCAGCCGUCAAUUUCAGAGCAGCAAGGCCAGGCAGGGCAGCACUUGCAGCCAAUUCAACACGCUCCUGCUCAAGGCAUAUCUCACCUUCACAGUAAUCACCCAUACUUAAAGCAACAGCAGGCUGGUCAGUUAAGGGAAAGGCACCACUUGUAUCAGCUGCAGCAUCAUGUUACACAUGGGGAAAACUCAGUCCACUCUCAACCCCACGGUGUCCACCAACAGCGAACAAUGCAGCAGGAGGUGCAGAUGCAAAAGAAGCGAAAUCUCAUCCAGGGAACGCAAGCCACACAACUUUCUCUACAGCAAAAACACCACGGAAGUGACCAGGCACGGCAAAAAGGUGGUCAGCCUCAUCCUCACCACCAGCAGAUGCAGCAGCAGAUGCAGCAGCACUUUGGAGCUUCCCAGCCUGAAAAGAACUGUGAAAAUCCUGCAACAAGCAGGAACCACCAUAACCACCCUCAGAGCCAUAUAAAUCAGGAUAUUAUGCAUCAACAGCAACAGGAUGUUAGCAGCAGGCCGCAAGGUUCAGGUUCUGAACACGUGUCAGGACACAGUCAGAUGCAAAGGCUGAUGACUUCAAGGGGCUUAGAGCAGCAAAUGGUGUCCCAGGCAAGUAUCGUAACCAGACCGUCAGAUAUGACAUGCACCCCUCACAGGCAGGAAAGAAACAGAGUUUCCAGCUACUCUGCUGAGGCACUCAUUGGGAAGACACCCUCAAAUUCAGAACAGAGAAUAGGAAUAUCUCUCCAAGGCCCUCGCGUUCCUGACCAGCUUGAAAUGAGGAGCUAUCUUGAUGUUUCUAGGAAUAAAGGGUUGGUGAUUCAUAAUAUGCAGGGCCGCUUACCUGUCGACCAUACAGUUGGCUCAGACGUGCAGCGGCUUUCUGAUUGUCAGACGUUUAAGUCAGCUGGACCAAACCAACAACCAACAGGCAACUUUGAUGUACAGGCUUCAAGAAACAGUGAAAUUGGUAACUCUGUGUCAUCCCUCAGGGGCAUGCAGUCCCAGGCGUUUCGGAUCAGUCAAAACACUGGGCCGUCCAUAGAGAGGCAGAAAAGAUUGCCCUACCAGCCAGUGCAGGGUAUUCCCACAGGAAAUACCCUGCCAUCAAGGGAAAAUGAAAACACGUGCCACCAAACCUUUAUGCAGAGUUUACUUGCCCCUCACCUUGGAGAUCAAGUUAGUGGAAGCCAAAGAUCGAUCCCAGAACAUCAAAGGAACACGCAGUGUGGUGCCUCCUCCACAAUCGAAUACAACUGUCCCCCGGCACGAGAGAGUGUACACAUCCGAAGAGAUGGUGAUGCUCAGAGCAGGGAGAGCUGCGACAUGUCUAUUGGUGCAAUUAACACAAGGAACAGUUCUUUGAGUAUUCCUUUUUCAACUUCCUCGUCCUCGGGAGAUAUUCAGGGUCGCAAUACAAGCCCAAACAUCUCUGUGCAGAAGUCCAAUCCCAUGAGGAUGACGGACAGUCAUGGAACUAAGAGCCACAUGAAUACACCUGUUUCUAGCAACAUGCACGGGGUUGUGAGGCCGACUCACCCUCACCCUGCAGUUUCUCAUGGGAACGGCGAGCAAGGGCAACCUUCUGUUCGCCAGCCAAAUUCUUCAGUGACUCAGCGCUCGAGGCAUCCUCUGCAAGAUAACGGAGGUUCUAAAAUACGUCAGCCCGAAAGGAAUCGAUCCGGAAAUCAAAGACAUGGGAAUGUCUUUGACCCUAGUCUUCCGCACCUUCCCCUGUCCACCAGCAGCAGUAUGAUCCUUGGGCGCCAGCAGUCUGCCAUAGAAAAAAGAGGCAGCAUUGUCCGAUUUAUGUCUGAUGGCCCUCAAGUGUCUAACGACAACGCAGCCCCUGACCAACAUACUCUUUCUCAGAAUUUUGGGUUCCCUUUUAUUCCGGAGGGCGGCAUGAAUCCACCAAUAAAUGCCAACGCCUCUUUCAUCCCACCAGUCACUCAGCCCAGUGCCACUCGAACUCCGGCUCUCAUCCCGGUUGAUCCUCAGAAUACUCUGCCGUCCUUCUAUCCACCUUACUCUCCUGCCCAUCCUACCCUUUCCAAUGACAUUUCUAUCCCUUACUUUCCCAACCAAAUGUUUCCUAACCCAACCACCGAGAAGCCGAGCAGUGGAAGUUUAAACAAUCGAUUCGGAUCCAUUUUGUCUCCUCCCAGGCCUGUUGGUUUUGCUCAGCCCAGUUUUCCUUUGCUCCCGGAUAUGCCACCGAUGCACAUGACCAACACCUCGCACUUAUCCAAUUUUAACUUAACAUCUCUGUUUCCAGAAAUAGCCACAGCUCUUCCUCCGGAUGGUUCAGCAAUGUCGCCUUUGCUGUCCAUCGCAAACACAUCUGCUUCAGAUUCUUCCAAGCAGUCCUCGAACCGACCUGCCCACAAUAUAAGCCAUAUUCUAGGCCACGACUGCAGCUCAGCUGUAUGAGAACUGAUAGUCUGACUCCUGGUCUGAUGCGUCAUUUAUAUAUUUAAGAAGAAAGCGGAUCUCACUGACAUCCCUGAAGAGAUCAUUCAUAGCAUCACUGUUUAUUUGCCUAAAUGUAUGUAUAUGGGUACUUUUCGUAUUUAUAUACACACUGUGUUUCCAUCCACCUUACUAACUUUAAAGCACCAGUGCCUAUAGCAAUGCUUACUUGUAAACAGUAAGGAUGUAACACUGAGAGCUGUGCAAAUAUUGGUUGUUGAUUUUCCAACAGUCAAGUUUGAUGUGCAGUUGUUCCGGGGUAAGGGCCACCCUCAGUAACACAUGGAGUGAGAGCAUCUCUAUGGGGCUUGGGAAACAUGCUGCAGGUUUGGUUUUGUU